AUGGGCUAUGCAAUGGCAUCCAACAUACGCCUCAAAAUGCCUUCAACCUCUACUCUCUACAUCAACGACAUCAACGCCUCGGCCUGCACACGCUUCAAGUCCGAAUACUCGAGCCACGGCCCCAUCGAAAUCAGCGCCUCAGCACGCGAAGCCGCCGAAAAAGCCAAAUACCUCAUUUCCAUAGUCCCCGACGGCUCAGACGUGAAGAAAGUCUAUCUAGACCCUGAAACCGGUGUCAUCGCCGCACGUAAGGACGCGGAAAGAAUAAUGUUAGAAUGCAGCACCAUCGAUGUGCAAACCACCAAAGAAGUCGGCGCAGCACUCCACCACGCAGGCCUAGGAACCUACAUCGACGCUCCCGUUUCCGGUGGCGUCCCCGCCGCCCGGGCAGGCACCUUGUCCCUCCUAAUCGGGCACCCUGCCCCAUCUUCUUCCUCCAACCCCGCCCUCUCCACCCGUCUCUCCAGUAUCUUAGCUAUGCUCGGCCCGUCUUCAAAAUCCUUCUACCUCUCCACCCUCGGCGCAGGCCUAACCGCCAAAAUCGCAAACAACUAUCUCUCCGGCACCAUCCUGCUCGCGACUGCCGAAGCCCUGGCGCUGGGAAUCUCGCACGGCCUCGACCCGUCCGCCCUCUACUCCGUCAUAAAAUCCAGCACGGGCCAGUCCUGGAUGUGCGAUCAUGUUAUGCCGGUGCCGAAUGUGCAGACCGAGUACUGGGUUCCGAGUAACAGCGGGUAUAGACCGGGGUUUAGGACGCAGAUGAUGGUGAAGGAUUUGGGGUUGGGGGUCCAGAGUGCGAGGCAGGUGGGGACCGGGUGUAGUAUGGCGGAGAGGGCGUUAGAGGUUUGGAAGGAGGCAGCGGAGGAUGAAAGGUGUAGGGAUAGGGAUGGGAGUAGUGUUUAUUUGUUUGUUGGUGGGAAGUUGCCGGAGGGGUAUGAGGAUAGAGGGGUGAGGAGGGAGGAUGGGACGUGGGAAUUUGGGGAGUAG